UGACUUGCUAAUCGGAUACUUGUCGGUAAACGAGAAACUGCGAGUGUAGAAAGUGCAUUAUAGUUACAGCAACGCGUCAGAUUUCUCGUGAACGCGAACGGAACGUUAAACAGAUAAAGUUGUCAGUGACAAUGUUAUCAAAUGCAACUGCAAAAAACGAGGAACAACACGAGUUAUGGUGGUCUAUAUACGCUUGGUGGUCAUGCGUGCUUGUGCUGAAGAUGAUGUACUUAACUUGGCGAACUGGAAAGAUUCGAGUAGAACACCAGGUGAUCCACAGUGAAGAAGAUAAAAUGUGGAUGACAAAAAAGCCUGAAAUAAUAUUAUGUCCAACCGGUAAUGGUCACCCGGAUGUGGAACGCAUUCGAUAUGCUCAUCAAAAGGAUCUUGAAACUAUCCUUCCAUUUCUAAUUAUUGUACCACUCUGGUUAAAUGUCGAAACGUGUAACUUUAUAGUAAGAGUUUUAAUACCGACGUUUGCACUAGCAAAUAUAUUGUAUACUUCGAUACAUAUGCAACUGCUGCAAAUGUCUUCUCGUUGGAAAUCUUACUCAUUUAUGACUAUGUAUAGCAGUUUGAGUUACAUAUGUAUUACUACUGCAGUAGAAUAUAGUGAACAUGCGAUUACUCUUCCAACACUGGCUUUUUCUUUUUCGAUAAGCUAGUCAUACUAGUUUAAAGUUUAUCUUUUUUCUUUUCUCUCUUUUAGAGUAAAAAAAAUGAACUCAAAACUAGUGCAGCUAGUUUAGUAAAAAAGAAACAAAAAUCUAUACUCUAAUCAAUAACGAAAACAUUUCUUUUAUAUAUAUGUAUAACAUUAAGUUUUUUAGAUUAUAACAUUAAUUUUUAUACCAAAUUCUAAACUGAGCCACACUGAACAAAUAAAUAUCCAAAACUGAACAAAUAAACAUCGG